UCGCAAAAGUCUUGCCGGGUGUGUGGGUGCCUGCAGCGACGAGCAGCCCCCUUUUGAUCACACGCUCGAGUCGAUCAAUCUCCCCCCAUCUCACCCUCGUGCAUGCUCAAAAGCCUGGCCACAGUCAGACUAGCACAUCACCUCUCUCGCCGCAUCGCCACUCCCACCCCCCGCCUCCCGGCCCCCCGACCUCUUAUCUCCUCCCUCCCCGCCAGACCCUUCACCAUGUCUGCUCCUGACGCCAACCUCCACAAGGACGAAGUGACCGGCGAGAUGGUCUCCAAGUCUGAGCUCAAGAAGCGCCAGAAGGCCCGCCAGAAGGCCGAGGAGAAGGCCGCCAAGGCUGCUGAGAAGGCCGCUGCCGCCCCCGCUGCCGGCGCCGCGUCGACGUCCAACGCCGGUGCCGCCGCCGCCGAGGAGCAGCUUGACGCCGCCGCCUUCUUCGAGCUCCGCUCCAACGCCGUCAAGAAGUGGCGCGAGACCAAGAACCCCGACCCCUACCCGCACAAGUUCCACGUCACGUCCGGUAUCCCCCAGUUCGUGCGCGAGUGGGGCGUUGAGGGCAAGAUCCCUGUCGGUGAGACCGUCGAGACCAAGGAGCCCGUCACCCUCGCUGGCCGUGUCUACACUGUCCGCUCGUCUGGCAACAAGAUCAGGUUCUACGACAUCCGCGCCGACGGCCAGAAGGUCCAGAUCCUCGCCCAGGCCCAGAACGCCAAGUCGCUCGAGGACUUCAUCGCCUCCAACGACAUUAUCCGCCGCGGUGACAUUAUCGGCGUAACCGGCAAGCCUUCGCGCACCAAGGCUGGAGAGCUCUCGCUCUCGGCCACCGAGGUCAAGCUCCUCUCGCCCUGUCUCCACCAGCUUCCUGGUCGUGAGGGUCUUGUUGACCAGGAGACUCGCUACCGCAAGCGUUACCUCGACCUGAUUGUCAACACCCAGACCCGCGACGUCUUCAUCACCCGCUCCAAGAUUGUCAACUACAUCCGCAAGUACCUCGACAACCUUGGCUUCCUCGAGGUCGAGACCCCCAUGAUGAGCUUGAUCGCCGGUGGCGCCACUGCCAAGCCCUUCAUCACCCACCACAACGACCUCAAGCUCGACCAGUACAUGCGUAUCGCCCCCGAGCUCUACCUCAAGGAGCUCAUCGUCGGUGGCCUCGACCGUGUGUUCGAGAUCGGCCGUGUCUUCCGUAACGAGCAGAUCGACAUGACCCACAACCCUGAGUUCUCCAUCUGCGAGUUCUACAUGGCCUACGCCGACAUGUACGACCUCAUGGACAUGACCGAGUCGAUGAUCUCGGGUCUCGUCAAGUACCUCAACAACGGCAACACCAAGAUCACCUUCCACCCCAAGGGCAAGGGCGACGAGAAGGCCUACGAGAUUGACUUUGCUACCCCCUGGAAGCGCUUCGACAUGAUCGAGGAGCUCGAGAAGCAGCUUGGCGUCAAGUUCCCUCCCGGAAACACCCUCCACACCGAGGAGGCCAACAAGUUCCUCCGCGAGAUUGCCGAGAAGCACAACGUCGACUGCUCCGAGCCCAAGACCAACGCCCGUCUGCUCGACAAGCUCGUCGGCGAGUUCAUCGAGGUCCAGUGCAUCAACCCCUCAUUCAUCGUCGGCCACCCCGAGGUCAUGUCCCCCCUGGCCAAGUACCACCGCUCGCGCCCCGGACUUACCGAGCGCUUCGAGUGCUUCAUCGCCACCAAGGAGAUCUGCAACGCCUACACCGAGCUCAACGACCCCUUCGACCAGCGCGAGCGCUUCGAGGAGCAGGUCCGCCAGAAGGACCAGGGCGACGACGAGGCCCAGGGUGUCGACGAGACCUUCCUCAACGCCCUCGAGUACGGUCUCCCCCCCACCGGUGGCUGGGGUCUCGGUAUCGACCGUCUCGUCAUGUUCCUCACCGACUCGGCCAACAUCAAGGAGGUCCUCCUCUUCCCCGCCAUGCGCCCUCUCGGCCAGAACAACCCUGGCGAGGCCGCUGCCGCCGAGGCACCCGCCGCCGCCCCCGCCGCCGAGGAGGCCAAGUAGACGUCGUUUUAGGUAGACGCCUUGUUAGCAGUAUAAAAUGCCGUGUUUUCUAGCAGCAGACAGACACAUGCAAUCCUUCGCA